AUGUAUUUCAUUGCAAUUAUAGCUGUUGUUCUCGUUGGAAUUGGUUUAGUUGAUGGUGAAACACAUUUUCCACCAGUUCCGUUCAACGAAGCGUGUAUUUCUCAAGGAUUUAGUUCGAGUCAUACGGCUGUUGAUAUCGCAUCGUAUGGAGGAAAACGUAUUAAUUUAUAUGCUAUUUGGGAUGGAACAGUAACAGGUGUUUGUAAUGGUGCAGGAGAUUUUGAUCAAAGUCGAUGUGGAGAUUGUGGAAAUUCAAUUGAUAUUACACAUAACACAGUGAGAGUUCGUUAUUGUCAUUUAACUGCUAAUUCAAUUCGAGUCUCUCCUGGUCAACGCAUUGUACGUGCACAAAAUCUUGGUCUUAUGGGUACAUCAGGUCUUUCCACUGGUGUUCAUUUACAUAUUAUUGUCACUGAAAUCAAUGGAGGACAAAGACGUGACAUUCGAUCUCGUCUUGGACUCAAUGGGUGGAACAGCUGUUGA